AAACGCAGGCCGUGAUCACUGUCUCAGACUAUCUCCGUCUACACAACGUUUCAGAGGAUGCCGAAAUGAGCGACGGUCGCUGGGACACAUCGGUUUAUCACCAAAAUACCAACGUGUUCGAGACAAAUGAGCACAAGAAGCCUAGUUUACACGUCAUUGAAAACUGGUGGUACGACCCUUCUAAUAUCAACCGUGUUGAUGCUAUACCAGAGGACAUGAAGCUUCGAGGCCAGUGGAAUAACGAUGCUGGUGACAGAGGACAAGGCCAGGUUGGCGGCUGGAAGAACCUCGAUAAAUCACCACUAUACCUUGCCCUGGAGGCUGCUUUACCAGAAGACCGCCUCGUUUUAGAUUGGAGUUCCGCCCGUAGCAUCGUGCAAAGAAACGGGCAUACAUGGGAUGUUACUACAGAUGAAGCCACUGAAAAUGCACUAAGAGAGAAUGGUUGGGAGGUGCUGUAUACCUAUGAAGGAGUCUAGGAAUGGAAUACGUCAAGAAUGUCGUAAAUCCCAUACGUCAAGUGGUUCCUCGACAAAGUAUACGUGGUGUGGAAGAGGAUUAUGGUGAUCUCAAUGAGGAUGUCGUCCUCUUGAGGGGUGAAAUCCACUACCAACGUAAACCAGGCAGUCUUCGCUUCACCACACCCGAAGGCCGGGAUAGAUUUUCGCGUCUAGUCUUAUAUGAGAUGCGCGCUAUUGAUAAAGUCUUGGAAUUGGCUACGUCACUAGGUAAUCGCAUGACUGAACUGAAUGGUGGGAGAAUGUGGAUGGGAGCCCACAUGCGUCGUGGAGACUUCGUCAGAGUCAAUUGGGCUAUGGAGUCAGAAUUUGGUGCCCAUUUUGAACGGAUCCAAAAGCGCCUCGACGAUGGUCGAAGAGUGCUCCGCUCGCUACACGACAGCUCACUGAUCCCCUAUGCUAUCCCUGAAGCUACGAUCGACCAAUCCAUUCUCCAGCAGAGCCCUCCAGAGGAUGGCGACAGGUUCUACAUCGCCACAGACGAACGCGAUCCUGGAAACGUAGCAUACAUGAAAGACCACGGAGUAGUCCUGGUAUCGGACCUUCUCACAAUAGAAGAUCGUCGAAACUUUGGCUGGCCGUUAAUGAUGACAGACGUUCUCGGUAUCGUCGAACAGGCUACUUUAGCGCGGGGCGCUUAUUUCUAUGCUCAUGCCUUGAGUUCAGUUGCUGGAGGCGUCGUCAACAUCCGUGCAGCGAGAGGUGCUGAUCCGCGUACUGCAAAAAUCGACUAGAUUUCGCAAAAUGCAUAAUGGAACGUACUAGCAAGGAUUCUCGUAACGUCCUCAAUAAAAUUCAUAUUUCUUUCUUGCAUGACGCAUAUCGACAUAUCAUUGAUUCUCACCACUCUUUGUAUACCUGUAGAUGACUCAGGCUUAUAUCUUUGUGUAGUUUAUUAUUGUUAAAGUGUAAUAAUGUUUUCUUAACCAUG